AUGACAUUAGCGAGAGAGUCUUAUGCAUUUGCCAAAACUAGCAACAGUGAAUUGAAUGCCCUACCUCAAUGGACCAGAACCAUGAAUUCCGUUCCGUAUCCUCAUUCUUACCAACUCUACAACCAUCUCGUCCGAAUUGACCAUGAAGAUGGAAAAUGCGCACAAUACAUUGAAUCCAUCAAAUAUGUUUCCGAUACUAUUUCAAGUUCGAACUGUCCUGAAGAGAUUGUCUACAAGCUCAUCUCUGAACCCUGGAUGGAGGCUGGGGAAAUCGGCAGGUGUCUGGACAGUUCUGGAAUUCGACUCAAGACAAUAACAAUCACAUUGUGGCUUCGAAUGAUGGUUACCAGAGAUGGUCUCCGCGACCAUAUUCUGAGCCCUACAACGUUACGAUCGAAACUGGAAUUCCCAUGUUUAAAUCCUGAACCUAUAUCAACGGGGUCUUGGGCGAGAUCGACUGGGAGGACAUACUGGCGGACUACACUGCAGAAAUGGCGAAAUGGCGAAUUGCCAGGAGGAACUGGCAGUACAACGUUGCUCGCACCAACUGCCAAGCAGGUAAUAAAGGUACCAUGGGUGCCGGAGACCACGUCCACUGGACCACUGCACUCCUUCAACGGCGGGUGGUUCUGCGGUAUGUGCAAAAAGGCAUACCAGCGGACGGGUCGCUUCCCAGAAGCACUGCCGGUCUCCGAUGAGGAGAUCCAACGUCGUCACUGCCAAUGCGGUGACUGUGAUAAGGUUGGGUAUGCGGUUAGCUAUACCCAACCAAAUGGGGCCAAAAUGUGUAAUGCAUGCCACCAGCAUGCAAAAGCCUGGGGGUUGGGGGGUCGAAGCCACAUAUCCACCAGUUGUUUGACCGCUGUGCCUGUGAUGGGGCAACCAUCACAGGCAAAGACCGGCUCAAACGCAGCUGGAAAGAUGGCCGGAGGGUCUGCUCCAGAUGCUACAACCAGCUGGCGAAGGGCAAUCGCCAACAUGACCACCCAACUGAGGAACCGGCCAGGACGCAGCGGAUACCAGAGGACAGGGUCUGCGCUUGUCCUGGUUGCCCCAGAAAGGGGCAAGGCCCACGUUGGGUCUCACAGAAAGACGGCACAUACAUGUGCAAUACGUGCGAUUUCUGGGCCAAAAACCACGAGGGAGAAAGCCAUUGGCACUCUGAUGGCACAAAACCAGCAGAUAGGGUAUGCCAGUGCCCUGGUUGUCCGAAGAAAGGGCGCCGGUGUCUCCUGGGUAAAAUGGCCCGAUGGGAACCAUGCUUGCCGCACAUGCUGGGAGUAUCGAGCGAAGAACCCGGACAAUUAA